AUGGGCAGCAUAGGCUCCAUUGACGUCCAGGAGCUUGCGAUAUCAAAGUACCAUGAUGCUCUACGCGAGAGGACGACCUGCGCCGAGGUCGUGGUAGCAUACCUCGCUCGAAUAUCGCGGUAUAAUAACCGGCUCAAAGCUCUGAUAACCGUCAACAAGAAUGCACUCGACGUCGCCCGACAGAGAGAUCGGGAAACAGAGGCACUCCUCCAGCAACAUAAGAAUGACCAUGCCUUUCCGCCCCUUCAUGGGGUUCCCAUCAUCCUUAAAGACACCUACAGCACCAUCGACAUGCCCACAACAUCCGGAGUAAAAGCCCUCCACUCCCUACAAACAAAAGCCGACGCCUUCGUCGUCACGAAGCUGCGUCGCGCUGGCGCCAUCAUCCUCGGCAAGGCCAAUCUCCACGAACUUUCUCUGGAGGGCGUCACCGUUUCUUCGUUGGGAGGUCAGACGCGGAACCCGUACGACCUCAGUCGGACACCCGGCGGAUCGUCAGGUGGCACGGCUGCUGCUUUAGCGGCGAAUCUGGCUCUCGUGGGCUGUGGCGGGGACACGAUGAACUCGCUACGUUCGCCUGCGUCGGCGUGCUCGGUCGUCGGAUUUAGGCCGACGAGGGGACAGAUUUCGCGGAGUGGGAUCAUCCCUGUCACUGAGACGCAGGAUGUGGCUGGGCCGAUGGCACGGACGGUGCAAGAUGUGCGGGUAUUGUUCGAUGUGAUGAAGGGCGAAGAUGAGGGGAACGAGGCAACAGUCGGUUGUCGACGUGACGCAACGGAGCGUGACUCUGGUACAGGUGGUGGUUGCAAAAGGAUUGGCGUUCUGAGAUCGUUCUUCGCGGAAGACGGUGACCCUGAAGGCUCAAUUGUCAACCAGACAGUGCUGGAAGCGCUGGAUAAAGCCAAAGCCAACAUGCAAGUUGAACUCGUCACGCUCUCUCCCCAGAGUGCUCACUGGGACAUUCCCACGCUCAUUUCCAUGGCGGACACGCAAGCAUACGAGUUCCGCAGUGUCUUCGACUCCUUCCUACAAUCGCCAUUGAUCGCGUCCACACCCCACGAAUCACUAGACUCGAUCGUCGCCAGUGGCGAGUACCACCAAGAAGCCGUGACACCUGUCCUCCAUCGAACAUUGCAGAAGGACGGUCCCUACACAAUGCAAAGUCCGGAGUAUGAGUCUCGCCUGGCGACAAUUGCAGCAUUAGAAAGGUCUGUAGAGGAUUGUUUCGAGGGACAUCAACUGGAUGCCCUUGUCUACCCGCACCAAAGACAGCUGGUCGCUCCCAUCGGUUCAAUGGUCCAGCCACGGAGGAAUGGUAUUUUGGCAGCGUUGACAGGAAGGCCAGCGAUAUGUCUACCUGCUGGUUUCAGUCCUCAAACUGCGUCCGCUCCUGUCGGUGUACCAAUCGGUCUGGAGCUCAUGGGCAAACCAUGGCAUGACGAUGACCUGCUAGACAUUGCAGAGCAGUUCGAGAGAAUCAUCCAGGGUAGACGGCAGCCGGAACUUCACAUCUAG